AUGGGUGAUCGGCCCUCUGCUACAAUAGCUACAGUAGCUUUGAGGAAAACGGCCGAACGAGGGAAGGAUAAAUUAUAUAAAGCUGCCGACACAAUCCUGCGCAAUGUUUAUGUUGAUAAUAUACUGGAGUCUGUUGAGUCAAGAGAAGCUGCGUUGCGUCUUUCGCAGGACAUCGACAAGUUAAUCGCACCAAGAAACUUUGCAGUCAAGAAGUGGUUGAAAGCGCCAGUGGUUCUCACAAAAAGUUAUUGUUUAAGCAGUAUUAAUGGCAUCUAUGACCCAUUAGGUUUGAUCUCGCCGUUCACGGUGAAAGGGAAAAUACUCCUCCGGAAGAUAUGGGGUGAGAAGUUGGGAUGGGACGACACCCUACCAGAUGCAAUGAGAGAACAGUGGUUUCAGUUCUUCAAUGAAUUAACCGAUAUUGCCAGCAUUUGCUUCCCCAGAUGUAUUAAACCAGAGGAUGCAGAACCAAACACAAGGCCGACGCUCGUGGUUUUCUCAGAUGGGUCUGAACAGGCAUUUGGCGCGGUUGCAUAUGCCAGGUACCUACUCAAGGACAGUAGAUAUGCUUGUCGACUAAUUGCUAGCAAGAACAGGGUAGCCCCAUUACAGAUCAUCAGUAUUGUGAGAUUGGAGCUGAGCGGAGCAGUACUUAAUAAGCGCUUGACAUGUUACAUUAAGAAAGAGAUGAGGUUAUCUUUCGAGAGGGAAUACCAUAUAAUUGAUAGUGAGAUAGUCAGAGCAAUGAUUCAGAAGCAAAGCUACGGCUUUCAGACUUUUGCAUUUACAAGGAUUGGGGAGAUACAGUCCGCAACUAACCCUCAAGACUGGUGGUGGUGCAAGGGUGAACUGAAUGUGGGUGAUCUCAUUACCAGGGGCGAACGACCUUCUGAACUCAGCGUUGACAGCACCUGA